CCGACGGCGGCGGCCCCGGCCGGGCCAGUCCGUUAGCCUGCGGGUCGGAGGCGCAACCGGCCGGCCAUGGAACAGCCCAGGAAGGCGGUGGUGGUGACCGGGUUCGGCCCUUUCGGGGAGCACACUGUGAACGCCAGCUGGAUUGCCGUCCAGGAGCUGGAGAAGCUGGGCCUGGGGGACCAUGUGGACCUGCACGUGUACGAGAUCCCAGUGGAGUACCAGACAGUGCAGCAGCUCAUCCCUGCGCUGUGGGAGAAGCACAGUCCCCAGCUGGUGGUGCACGUGGGCGUGUCGGGCAUGGCCACCGCGGUCACGCUGGAGAAGUGCGGGCACAACAAAGGCUACCAGGGCCUGGACAACUGCCGCUUCCGGCCGGGCUCACAGUGCUGCGUGGAGGACGGGCCCGAGAGCAUCGACUCCAUCAUCGACAUGGACGCCGUGUGCGAGCGCGUGACCACGCUGGGGCUCGGCGUGUCCGUGGCCAUCUCGAGGGACGCGGGCAGGUACCUGUGCGACUUCACCUACUACACCUCGCUGUACCGGAGCCACGGGCGCUCCGCCUUCGUCCACGUGCCGCCGCUGGGCAAGCCCUACGACGCGGGCCAGCUGGGCCGCGCGCUGCAGGCCAUCAUCGAGGAGAUGCUGGGCGUGCUGGAGCGCGCGGACGGCCAGGCCUGCUGCCGCCGGCCCUGAGCCCACCGCAGAGGCCCGGCCGCAGGCGCCUCUGCCCCCUCGGGACUGCGGCGGGGCACCAGGGCGGCCGCGCUCCGCCGGGCCGUCCAUGCCCCUGCCCCUGCCCCUGCCUCGCCAGACUGCGCAAAAGACCCCCAGUGCUCACUCAGCCUGGGGCUGCACUUGAACUCACCAUGGCUCCGGCCACCCCCUCCCCCCCAUUCCUCUCCCCCCCCUUCUCUCUCUUCUUUUGGAGACAGGAUCUUGCUAUGCAGCCCAGGCUGGCCUGGAACUCACAAUCCACCUGCUUCCCAACGGCCACCAUGCAAACAACAGCAUCAUUCUGGGCUGCAGAGUAACUUAGGUCUCCUGGGGAAAGCACUGGCAAGAGCCAGCUCCAAGUUUUUUUUUUUGUUUUUUUGUUUUUGGUUGGUCGUGGGGCCUGAACUCUGGGCCUGGGCGCU